AUGACAGGAUCAUUAAAAAAUCCUAUCAGAUAUUUGGUUAUCGGAGAGGAGUGGAUUGUCAAGCUUGUUAAUUAUUUGGAAGAUGUCACUACGGAUGAAAAUAACCAAAAGUCUAACACAUCGAAUGAACAGUUUUUAUCUAUUAUCAAAAAGCUUGUUGAGGUUUUUGAAAAUCUGGAGCUGGAUUUGACAAAAGCAGAAUCCAAGAUCCGAGAAAAUCGGGAAAUGGUUUAUACCCUUGUAAAACGAUUCGACCGUAUAGGCAGAUUUUGCAUGAGUGAAAUCCCUUCUGUUGUUCAAAAAGAACACGACCAAGCUUCUAAUACCUUGACAACUUUGAAAUGGAAUAUAAAAAAGACUCAGGAUGAAUAUGACAGAAUAUCUACAAGAUUGAAGUCAUUGAAUGCAACGAAAAACAGUAUUGAGAGUGAAAUUUCACGUCUCACAGGAUGCACAUGUUUGGUAAAUGAAAAGUCUUCAAUUACAGAAGCAGAACUGAAUGAAAUAAUUGAUAAAACGAAUGUAGCAUUGGAUAGUCUUCAGAAAGCUAAUAGUCUUUUGAAUGAAACUCAAAUAAGAUUUAAUGCUGUAAAACGAAGAGCAGAAGAAACUCGUAAUAAUUUAGCAUCAGAUGUUGGGAAGGCUGAACAAAAUCUUCUUGAAGCCCAAUUGAAACUAAAAGAAGCCACAGAAGUUGAACCUAAGCUUAUUCAAGAAACAGAAAACAUGAAAAAUAAAAUAGAAACUGUUAAAAAUCGAAUACAAGUAUUAACUCAACUAACAAAAGAGCAUGAACAGUCUUUUGAUCAAUUAAAACAACAAUUAAGUGAAUUAAACAAAGACUAUAUAAAUAAACAGACUUUCAGUGAAAAUUUAUCUUUAUGGAUUAGAAAAAAUGAAGAAAACUUAGUUAGUCAAUUCAAUGGAAAGUUAAAUAAAGAAUAUAAUCAAGUGAACCAAGUGUUACAGAAAAAAUCUGAAGAUUGUUAUAACAUAAAAAUGAAUGAAAAACAAUUACAAAUUGAAAAUGAUCGCUGUGAAGAAAGAAUACUAACUUGUCAGAAUGAAAUAGCCAAACUAAGAAAAUCUAUUGAACUGCUUGAAUCACGUCUAACCACUGCGCAAGAUUUACUUCAUUCUUCAAAUACGGAUUAUAAUCAAACGCACGCUAAACACUUAUCAGUAACAAACGAUUUGGAGUUAACUAAAUCACGAACAAGAGCAGAACAAGAUGAUACGCAAAACAUGUUGAAGUUUUUACAGAAUAGAAUUGAAGAGGAAUCUGCGCUUAGAAGCAAAAUGAUGGUAGAUCUCGAAAGAGAACUUCAGGAAUACGAGAACACAAAACAGGAUGGCUAUCGUAAACGAUUAGAACUGGCGGAAACAGCUAAACAGUUAGAAAGUGCAAUUGAAAAUGCCAAUGUAGAAUUAGAAGCUGUUCGAUUAAAUCAUAAAUGCUUUUCAGAGCGACUCAAUAAAGCACAAAUAGAAUACAAAAAAUUUGAAAGUCAAUGGAAUGAAGAAUAUUCUCUGAUGUGUGAGAAAAUAAAAACGCUUGGUAAUUCAUUGACAGAAUCUAAAACACAAGCCAGAGAAUUGAAGACAAGACAAAAAAAGUUGGAAUUAGAAAAAAACUCUCUGGAAGAAAGAAAAAGUAAACUACGUUUAUCUUUGUUGGCGUUAAUGAAAGUUAAUCUCAGAGCGACCACGAAAACUACUCAGCUAAGGUGUACAAUUGCUGACCUUAAAAAAGUGAAUAAAACACUCAAAUCAGAAAUGAAUAUCACUACAAAACGAAUUGAACAAAUGUGUCUUCUUCAAAAAUCUCGUGAACUGCAACAAUCUGAUCUGAUGAGAUCUCGUGAAUCAAUAUUGAAAAGUUUGAAGGAGGAAUUAAAAGAGAAACUUUCCUGUAACUUAACUCUUUCAAAUCAGUACAUCAGAACUCAAGAAGAACAAAGCAAAUUAUUAUCAUCGUACUAUUUAGCUGUUACGGAUUCAGUGUUAGAUCAAAAUCAGUUAUUCAACGCAGAGCUAAUUGCAGCAAUGUGCGCGAGGAAUUUACGCCAACACAGCUACUGGGAACAGAGAUUACAAGCCAAACAAGAUACAUUAGUUGAUGAUUUACUAAAUCAAAAUCGCAACAUUGAUCAGUUAGUACACGUAACUGGUAGUCAUUAUAUUACAGCGACACUAUCCUUGAAAUGUAAAACAUGA